UCGUUCGCCUAGAGGUACCAAUAUGGCGGAGGCUUCAUUUGACAGUUCGAGCCCAGAUAACUACUGAAGCAUUUCACAAUGAAAUAUGCAAUGAGAAUGACAAAGAGAAAGUAAAGUCGGCUCUCUGUCUUCUGAAGAUCAUGACUUUGACCCUACAGCGGAAAUGUUGGUACAUGAUUAUGAUGAUGAGAGAACUCUCGAAGAGGAAGAAAUGAAGGAGGAUGGAAAAAACUUUGCCACUGAAAUUGAAGAUUUGGAAAAGGAAGGAAACAUGCCAUUAGAAGAUUUAUUGGCAAUUUAUGUCUAUGAACCUGCAGAUCCGGUAAUGGCAGGUUCUAGUGCUGGCAGUUCCCCAAGUGAACUUGCUGAUGAACUGCCAGACAUGACUCUGGAUAAAGAGGAAAUAGCAAAGGACCUUUUGUCAGGUGAUGAUGAAGAAACACAGUCUUCUGCUGAUGACUUAACUCCAUCAGUUACAUCGCAUGAAGCAACAGACUUCUUUCCACGUCCUUUAAGAUCAAACACUACUUGUGAUGGUGAUAAAGAAUCUGAAAGUGAGGAUUUGGAAACAGACCUUGGCAAUGUAUCAGAGGAUUUAAGAAAGGAAAUAAUGCUUGGUCCACAGCAUCAAGCAGAAAUUCCACCUUAUGGAAAAUACACAACUGAUAUGACAGCAUACGAACAUGAGGAUCAAUUACUCUGGAGCCCUGAUGUACUUCCUGAGAAGAAAGUGAAGGCAUUUCUAUAUGAGAUAUCAAGAGCUGCUAAUGAGAGGGUCAUGGACAGGAUUCCAGAUGGAGUGAUUAUAAGGGACAACGAGCAGGCACUGCAUGAACUUUUCAAGUGUCAGUACAACACUAGGGAGGCAUUGGAAAAAUAUUGCUGCAGUAGGAGGACGUCACAUGAUAUAAUCUCACCUUGGACAGAGGAAGAAUGUAGAAAUUUUGAACAUGCACUUCUAAUACAUGGGAAGGACUUUCAUUUAAUACAAAAAAAUAAGGUGAGAUCACGGACAGUUGCAGAAUGUGUAGCUUUCUAUUACAUGUGGAAAAAGUCAGAGCGGUAUGAUUAUUUUGCCCAGCAAACAAGAUUUGGAAAGAAAAGAUAUAAUCAUCACCCAGAAGUAACGGAUUAUAUGGACCGUAUGGUAGAUGAGGCGGAAGUACUUGGAGGAGCAGAAAAUUCAUCCACCUUAGCCUGUCAUAGUAGAGGCGAUCCCAUACCGGACUCACAGCUUAACAUCUUGAAUUCAAUCACUGCUAAUGACCUGACAGCUUUGACAAACAGCGUAAAUACAGUAUGUAACUCCACAGAGGUUACCUGCUUAAGCGAUGGAUUCCCAGUGUUGGACCCUUUGCCAAGGGGACCUGUAAAUCAUGUGCCUGUUGGGACCGAAGACUUGCUAACUUUACCCAGUAACGGUGAAAGCGAUUGUUUUAAUUUAUUUGAGACUGGAUUUUAUCCUUCUGAACUGAACACGGUGAGCUUAUGCAAUGAGGAAGCAGAACGGCCUGCUAAGAGGAUAAAAAUGGGAAUCUCUGUUCCGGACUCCUUCAUCAGCGAUGUUUCUGUAAAUAACCUCAGUGCAGACUUUGAAAACCACACACACCACAUUACCAGUGCCAAAAUGGCUGUGUCAGUAGCAGAUUUCAGCAGUUUAUCUGCAAACGAGACAAAUAGUUUUAUAAAUUCACACACACUACACCAUACAGCCCUUCAAUCGGAGUAAUCUCAACUACAUUCUCCUAAAAACAUUGGGUAUGCAGUUGGAGUAAAUCUGGUUUUAUAAACUUCAGGUUUGCUUAGUCUUUCACUGGAAGUUUGAACUUUUUUUUUUUUUUUUUCGAUAUGACAUCAGUGAUGUCUUUGUAUGUACAGAACUAUAUCUUGAUUUUGUCAAGAAUAACUUCAUUUCGGUCCAUUGAUGUGGAAAUAAGACUGUAUUCAGCAGAGUUGGGAGCUCCGAUAAAUAUCUGGGGAUGCAGCUUUAGACUUGACUUCUAUUUUUGUUAAAGUCUGUAGAUAUUGGGUCUCCAUCUCUUAAGCCAGCACAGGUUCUAAAUCAUAUAUUGGCUUCUUCUGGUCUAAGCUACCUUCGCAGCAGCGGAUGCAGUGGAAAAAAAAUCAAUGUUUACAGGUACCAAUCCGA